UUUGAAAAGGCGUGCUCAGAGGAAAGAGGAGGAGCCAGCAGCGAGGAGCGCUACAAAAGGGCGGCCAUUACCCGCUUCCCUCCUGCUUAGGACGCACUAAGAUUGCCUUUGAAGCUUGGUAAAAGCUGGUAAUUUGUUUGGGGGGCGUUGAGCUCGUUAGGUAGGAGUUCUUAGAGGCAAUUCUAGCCCCUUGCAGAAUUGGACGACAUGUUCAGAUGUUGCUCCAUCUUGGCUGUGUUUUGUCGCUUGCGAGUUGGAGCUCUGAGCAACGAGGCCAUCAGAAGGGAUAGAAAAUGGAGGAGAAGCAAGCAGUGGCAGUUCAAGGGUAUAAAACGUGAAGAAUUAUUGCCUGCAUGACAAAGAAAAGGUCUCAUUGCAUGAAAAACUGCACACUUGACAAGGUUGCAAACAUGGAGGAAAUCAUUACCUUUUCUGGUAGGGGCCAUGGGGGGGCUGGUUCUAGGAUCGGCAGGGUGACGAAGCUUGUGAAACCUUUUUGGCCAAUUCAGAAGGAGGCAAACAGUGAGAGCAUCAGCAUCAAGCAUAGCAGGUACUCUGAGCGGCGGAUCGAAGCAGGCAUGGAAGCAAUCAUUGAGAACCUGAUGAAGGAGCCGGAGGGGACUUGGGUGUCACGAGUCACCUUGAAGCAGCGGUCACGAAGCUCUGUAGGAGAUACGGGGUUGCUCAAUUUCUCUUUGAGGUGUGUGGAGAACCGCAGGGUAGGGGACGGCAUGAUCGUGCGCCGCAGCAUCCACCCCGUCAGCCAAGUGAUGGCCUACCGCCUCGAGCGCAUCAGCAGCAACUCCAACGACCCCCUCCCGGUCUACGAGGAGCGACGCGCGCCCGAUCCCAAGCCCCCCAGAAAGGGGGGGGACCCCAGUGCUGGCGAGAGCAAACGAGAGAAGGGGGGGAAACCGCGGCCAGUGCGGCAGAAGAAAGAGCCAGUGUUGGAGGAGAGGAACCUGACCAAGGAGGAACUAGAGGAGGCGGAGUUUGAGGAGGGGCUGAGCACGCUGUUUGCACUGGAUGGGGAGAUUAGGCCACUGCCGGCGAUGGUGGACGGACAGACGGUGAACCUGCUGUCGCUGUAUCAGCAUGUGGCAUGCAACGGGGGAUACAACGAGGUGUCAAAGCGGCGGGAAUGGAACGUGGUCGCCGCUCAGAUGGGCCUCAAACUAGAGGCGGGCCCCUGCCUGAAACUCCUGCACGCCAAGUACCUCCUCGACCUCGAGGCCCUGUUGGGCGACCUGUCGCCCCCGUCCCAAGCUCUCAAAGCGACGUCGCUCCCCCCACAAGGCCCCCAGAAAACGCGCUCCAGCAGCACCUGUACUUCUGAGCGGGGCGGGGGCCGAUUAAAGGAGAGCAACAGGGAUGUCGGGAGGGGGGAUGAGCGGGAGCCGGUGUCUCAAGGAGGGGGAGAGCGAGAGAGGCAUUUUGGAGGCGAGGAUGAGCGGGAGCAACACUCUGGGGGGGGGGAUGACGUCAGGACGACGCUGCCGAGCCUGAGGGCGGUCAGCGAGGGAAGCUUGGGCCAGCACGCAGAGAGUAAAGAGUGCAUGGAAACGGACGCGACGAGUUCAGCGUGCAGCCUGAAAGUGGAGGAGGUUACGGGCGGGUCUAAGGAGGGGUACGGUGGAUGCCCGGAGAGUUCGGGAGGGCUUCGAGACAGUUUUGGAGGAUUCCAGGCGGGCUUUGGGGGGGUAGAGGAGGUGUCGGGCAAGAUGAAGGUGGGUUCCGAAAGGGUGAAGGGUGAGGGUUGGGGGGGGUACGAGAAAGCCCCCCAAGGCUUCUACGGGGCCCGUGAGAGUCUGGCGGGAACGAGCGCGGACGCUUCCAAAGGGUUGCGAGAAGGGCUGGAGGCGGGGGCGCUUUCCAAAGGCGAGGGGGUGACCAUUGACUUGGGCCCUGAGACGAGCAUCGAGGGCAGUCUGUUGACCGACGCCAUCCCCUCAGUUCGUUCCGCCGGAGCAAAGCGGAGCCUGACAGAGUCCGAGAUCUUUGGAGGGGUAAGCUUCGGCGAGCCGCUUGCUGUGCGGAAGUCGGGGGUGUAUGGCAGCGGGAGCGUUUCUGAGGUCAGCGGGAGUGCUGACGUGGCAGGGGCGCGUGGGCAUCGCUACGCGGAGCCAUUGGCGGUACCAACUGGGGGCGAAGCGGUACCAACCGCUAGGGACCACGACGGAGGCGCAAACCUUCUGGAAGACGAUCCGGCGCAGGCGGUGGGAGUCUUCGACUGGAGAAAAGAGGUGGCAGAGGGGGGCCCGGUAGGAUUCCCUGGGGACGAAAGCUCCUUCCGGGGGUUUGGGGGCUUACGAGCGCUUACGGUCAGCCUUCACGGACUGGACGGUUUGGGCCCACAGGACGCGAGCGAACUGGAGCACUGGCUCGGCGAAAACCGGCGCAAAGCUUUGACCAUUCCGGGGGGUGAGGAGAGGUCUGAACCGAUGCCCGCCAAGCCCAAGACGCUGUCCCCCCAGCGCCUGAAACUCAUUCUAAAUCCAUCCCCCCGGAAGAUGCACCUCUCCCCCCGGAUGAUGAAUCCUUCCCCCCGAAACUUGACGCUGUCGCCCAGCAAGUGGAUGCACAGCCUGAGCGGCCAGAAGCGCAAGGCAGGAUUGCUGUGCGCGACCCAGUUCGGGGGGGUCGAAGACCCAGGGUUCCGGCAGGGCCCCGAAACCCCCGAAGUGAAGCGGCGGCGAGAAGUUGCGACCGGCCACCCCCUGCGACGGCCGCGGGGCUACCGGCCGCUGGUCACCUUCGCUGACCCGGUUUCGCCGCAGCUAACCGCGACGCUAACCGUCCUCCAGGAGCAGCUGCAACGGCACCGGGAGAGUUGGUUAGUGGUGCGGUUAGGAAGUGUUGCCGAGGAAGGGCGGCGGACCCGGAAAAAGCUAGUAGAGGAAGAGUUGGAGUACUUGCAGCCCAGGAUUGGGGCUAGGUACCAGGCGUCAGUUCCCGAGUGGCGCCCACGUAUCGUCGCCAAACCGGCGACUCAAACGACGCGGCAUCCGAGUGGUCCUCUUGCGACGCCUCUAGGUGACGUCAUGCUGACGUCAGAGGCGACGUGGAUCGGCUGGCCGGUGUGGCGCCCCCUCCAAGAACCAGCUUCCAUUAAGGAAGAGCCGGUUGCCAAACCGGACCUGGUUUCUGACCCACGGUUAACCCGGCCGGUUUUGCGGCGAACGAGCAGCCAGACGGACAGUGCGGCUGUCCGGAAGCAGCCCGUUUCGGACGCCCGGUCCGCGCUAGAGGCCGCGCUCGGUGACGCGGGGGGCGACCUCGGGCUGGCGGAGAUGGGAGAACGGGUCGCCGGGAAAUGGUCCCGCGGAGAGGAGCAGCGGUUUGUGGCGGCGGCAAGCUCCAUCAGGCGGGGGAAGGACGUGAGCGAGGAUUUCUUUGGGGAGGGGUUUUUCCAAGCGAUCCGGGAGAGCCUGCCGGGAAGGCCGCUGAAGGAGCUCGUGAGUUAUUACUACAACGUGUACAAAGUGCGGUGCAAAAGGGGGGUUGUACGAAUAAAGGGCGGAAUAGGAAAGGUGGGCGUUGAGGGGACGGCGGCGGCCCCCGGUGCGGUGCAAAGCGCCAGGGCUGAACGAGAUCAAGUUUUGGAUGCAGGGCACCGAGAAACUGCGUCCGAAUGUAGGGGCGCAAGAGCCACUGACCAUUAUGUUGAGAGUUAGGUCGUUUCCAGCCGUUGGUUGAACGGCCGCCUGGCUAGUGUUGGUUGUAGCAACCAAGACUGGCGGUUGAAAAAUAAGGCGCUGCCUGAAAGGCGUGUCUGGUCUUGUAUUGUAGUUGGUUGAGUUCUGAACACGUAGAAAACUUGCGGCAAUUUUGAUGGCAGUGACUGUAUGUUAUCGGUUUGGAUCCCAUACUGAAUCACUUUCACCCUGCGCUUGCU